AUGAGGAUAUGCACAAGUACGGUUUGUCGAAAACAGGGAAAGCCUACACAAAGCCAAGUUCUUUAUCAUGGAUUGGCCUAUGGCAGGCCUGCUACCCUAUUAGUACACAGUGGACAUGGACAGAUGGGACGAGUUUCGAUUACUCGAGUUGUGCAUUGGGAGAGCCAAAUAACGGCGGACGAUAACGAACGUUGUGUUCAGAUCUACAGCGAUCACGAAGGAACAGAUCCGACGAAGGAUACUCAGUUCCAGAAAUGGAAUGACUACUACUAUGGAAUGACUGCUACUACUAUGAAAGCAUAUUUUUGCAAGAAACCAGCUUUACAUUGGACAUGUUUGCCUUUAAUGAAAUCAAAAAUUGUAGAAACUAUGAUAAAUCGCUCUGCAAGGUGUCUCACUGCACAGCUUUGA